AUGACAUAUUUCUCGAGUAGAUGGGAUCUUUUUUCUAUUUAUAUACAUGAUGAAGAUCUGCGUUUCUACUACAUAACAUGCAUCUGUACAUUCUCUCAUUUGUCCUUUAUUGCUGCAAGUGCAUGGAAUCGUCGCCAUUCCCCAGAACAGUGUUUGCCUAGCGGAAAAAUGGCCUCUACGAAGGUUCCACAAUCAGCAUCGUUGCACGGAGUGGUACCAGUGGCAAGGCCUUGCCUACGCGAGCGACGCGAGAGCCUUUACUGUAUCAGUCGAGUCUUACAGUUGUGUGUGAUCAAGGGCCAUUGCAUUUGGCAUCGGUUCGUCAGAUUUUGGGGUCGGAUAGGGUCAGCCGUCGACCGGUUCGUCGAGAUGACAUGGCUUCUCGAUCCCAUUGUCAAUCGAUGGCCACUCCUCAACUGGUUGCUGCCACACGGUAAGUCUGGGUACUUCAUUAGCAGGUCACCUAGUCCUCUUCCUCACGCUGCGGGUUUCGUUAUUCCUUUUGUACAACAACUCAACUGUUUGCUUUGA